CGAGCUCUCUUGCAACUCACAGGCUCUCACCCGUAGCCACAGCCACUACCUUCCUUCCCUCCAUCGUGUUGUACGUGCGUCCACUUUCCUCCCUGGCGUCCGGCGCGUACGUCUUCACCGGAGCAAGCUAUUUAGCGCGCGGCGGUCCGCCAUUGUCUCCACCGAGUCCAUUUCAUCAACCUCAGCGACUGGUCAGUGACUGGUCUGCAGCUACCUAGAGAGUAGUGUGAGUGUGUGACGGAGCUAGGCAGCCGGCCCGCAGCUACAUAUACAGGGCAGCUGGGUUUGGCGCGGUCCUCGGAAAAGAACAACACCCUAACAAGAAGGAAAGGCUUUUCGGCACGUGAGGAUGGUGAACACGGCGUCGGCCGGCGUGAACAAGUCGGCGGCGGCGGCGCAGGGGGGUCACCGGGCGCUGCCGCUGGCGUCGCUGAACCACAUCUCCGUGGUGUGCCGGUCGCUGGAGAGCUCGCUCAGCUUCUACCGCGACGUCCUCGGCUUCAUCCAGAUCCGCCGCCCGGGCUCCUUCGACUUCGACGGCGCAUGGCUAUUCAACUUCGGGAUCGGCGUGCACCUGCUGCAGGCGGAGGACCCGGCGAGCCUGCCGCCGAAGAAGGCGGAGAUCAACCCCAAGGACAAUCACAUCUCCUUCACCACGUGCGAGAGCAUGGAGGCGGUGCAGCGGCGGCUCAAGGAGCUGGGCAUCCGGUACGUGCAGCGGCGGGUGGAGGAGGGCGGCAUCCACGUCGACCAGAUCUUCUUCCACGACCCCGACGGCUUCAUGAUCGAGGUCUGCACCUGCGACAACCUCCCCGUCAUCCCGCUCGUCACGCAGCUCGACGCCGCCUGCGCGCAGCCCGCGGUCGUGGCGCCCAGCUGCAAGAGGGUCUCCAUCUCCAACCAGCACCAGCAGCUCAGCAGCAGCGUCCCGGCUGCCGUGCCCGACGUCCCGCCCACGGCGGCCCCGACGCCGCAGCAGUCCGUCGUCGGCGGCUGCGUCGGAGAGGUCGUCGACCCGGCGGCCAGCAUGUCCGCCAGCGUCAUGAUGACCUGCUCGGAGCACGCCUGCAUGCAGGUGUAAUCAUCCAUUUGCCCGUUGGCUUGCGAGGACGCGACGUUUUGACGGACUGUCGAGCUCGAGCCAGCCAUCGUUUGUUUCUGCGGUUUCUUUUGCCCGUGAUUAGCUGUGUUUAGCACCGGCCGGUUUUCUUUUGUUCAACCAAUAUAUUGGAGUAAGUACGUACGUAAAUUGUAUUCAGCUGCAUGCAGAUGCCUCUGAAGAUCGCUUACGCUGACGACGAUCCAUUCAUCUCUCAGCCAGCUGGAGUAGGUCGCUAGUGGCUUGCUCUGCAUGCAUGCCAGUGUGUGUUGCACUUGCACAUAUAUAUGUAUGUUCCCUCUUUCACACAUGUAUACAUGCAUAUAUAUAUAUAUAUCAUACGCAGCAGAAGAGGAGAAAAAUCAUCUCUCUCUACAGCUAUAGUAGUGCCUUAGUCGCUUCAACAAAAUAUGCUCCUGUGCACCAUGUAUACCUUGCUAAUUGUCACGACAUGUGAACUAUAUGAAAAAGAA